ACAGAGAAGGGCUCGCAGUGCAGAUAUAUCACUGCAAAGUGAAAAGUUAAGCCCCAUUACAAGACAAUCAGCUGUCCAACUUGCAUUAUGGAUCGUUGGAAAGGCAGAGUUGCUCUUGUCACUGGUGCUUCAGUGGGAAUUGGGGCUGCAAUCGCAAAGUCUCUUGUCCAGCAUGGUAUGAAAGUGGUCGGCUGUGCCAGAAACCUGCAACAAAUAGAGAAAUUAUCAGCAGAAUGUGUCAGUAGUGGAUUCAGUGGAACUCUGAUUCCAUACAAAUGCGAUCUGUCUGUAGAAGAGGAAAUACUAUCCAUGUUUGCCUCAAUCAAAGUUCAACAUCAGGGCAUUGACGUGUGCAUCAAUAACGCUGGCUUGGCUCUUCCAGAGCCCAUAUUAAGUGGUAAAACCAGUGGCUGGAGGACUAUGAUGGAUGUGAAUGUCACUGGACUGUCAGUGUGCAACCGUGAGGCUUACCUGUCCAUGAAAGAGAGAAAUGUCGAUGAUGGCCAUAUCAUUAAUAUAAACAGCAUGUGUGGACACAGAGUCGUGCACAAUGCUGAUGUACACUUCUACACUGCUACCAAAUAUGCUGUGACAGCUCUCACAGAGGGCUUGCGGCAAGAGUUACGGGAGGCCAAGACACACAUACGUGCCACAUGUAUAUCUCCUGGUUUAGUGGAGACACAGUUUUCCUUCCGGCUCUUUAGUCACGACCCAGAAAGAGCUGCUGCCACCUAUAAAAGAAUAAAGUGUUUAGAAGCAGGUGACAUUGCCAGCGCUGUUGUGUAUGUCCUUAGCGCUCCUCCUCACGUCCAGAUUGGUGACAUUCAGAUGAGGCCUGUGGAACAGUUGACAUAACCGGAGCAGAAAAACAGUAUAAAGCACCUGCAACUUCUUGAUCAUCAUUAUAAAGACUCACAGACAUAUUACUAUAUUAUAAACAGAAUUGUCAAUAAUGACAAGACUGUCUCCAUGUAAUCUUACUUUGUUGUAAACAAUAAUUAUCAAGUCUAAAUCUUCUGAAAUGCAAUUUUUAAUGAAAUGCAAAUGGCUCAUAAUCAGAACAGUACUGUGUCUUGGCUCUUUCCAGUGUUGUAAUGAAUUUAAAAUGCAGAAUUAUAAUGGGAAUGAAGAAUGCAGAAUCAGUAAAAAAAAUAUUAUGCUUUACAUCACGAACGUUUAAAUGCGAACAAAGAACGAGUGAAGUGGAAAUGUGUUGCUUCUUUAUACAAAUGUUACAUCAGCUCUGAAUUUGCCUCUCAACAAACAUUUUCUGGAAAAAAGGAUUUUCUGUGGAGGGUCACCAUUGACAUUGCAUUUAUACCCAGGGUUGUAAUCAAUCUGUGCCUUAAAAACAGCUCUUUUUUAUUUUUUAUUUUUUAUUUUUAAGGAAUGGACUUCAGUAGCAUAAAAUUGUGGACAGUUUAAACAGGCUUUUCUACUUCAAGUGUACAUGAUGAAACUUUCUGGUUUUCUUCAAAUGUGCUGUUGAAUAGAGAACUGACAGCAUUUAUUGUAAAAAGAAAAAGAAUAAUAAAACAAAACCUUAAUACA